AUGAAGCAUUAUCUAGUUUUGUUUCUGAACUUGCUUCUGGGUUUUUGUUUUUGCAGAAGUAGUGAACAGCGACAGCAGACGUGGCCUGUUCCGUACAAGAGGUUUGAUUCUCGGCCUGAUGUGGACUCCUACUGCCAGGCCUUGUACCCCUUCUGCCCGACAGGGGAUCCGGAUGGAAGGAUACCCUACAUGAGAGAGAGUGAUGUCAUCUCAGUUUAUAGACUACAGACUCCUGUUUGGGAAUUCAAAUAUGGGGAUCUUUUGGGGAAAGUGCACAUCAUGCAUGAUGCCAUUGGCUUCAGUAGCGCAGAGAUGGGAAGUAACUUCACCAUGGAGUGGUAUGAACUGUUUCAGCUGGGAAACUGCACCUUUCCUCACCUCAGACCUAAAGUCAGUGCUCCAUUCUGGUGCAACCAGGGAGCUGCCUGCUUCUUCCAAGGCAUAGAGGACCUACACUGGUCUCAAAAUGGCACUCUGGAGAAAAUCGGUGAAAUCUCAGGCAACCAGUUCAAUGAGCUGGCCCAGUGGGUGCAGGAGGACAACAGGACAGGGAUUUACUAUGAGACGUGGACCGUGUGCUCGGACCCCAGCUCCAACGCCACCGUUUGGUUUGAGUCCUAUGACUGUUCGCAGUUUGUGCAUCGCACAUACAGGAAACUGGCCGAGCUGGGAGCCAAACUGUUUCCUCCGGGGUACUCCGGUUUCCCCUACCACUAA